GGACGCGAUAUCGUUUUUUUUUUUUCACGCUUGCAAUUUAUCCAUUCAUUGUGUACAGGCACUGUCUAACUGCAGCUGCAGCCCAGAGUAGACCUCUUGAUCGCAAAGCUACGGGAAAUGGCUCUACCAAAGUACAAGAUCCAGUUACACAGCCACCUGACUACAGGCAUACGUCACGCGACAAUUUGGGAGCUGGCACAACAAAAAGGUCUGGACUUGGGAUACACGAGUGUGGAAGACAUCCGAGAAAAGACCAGACCGAAGGAGGGCACCACGCUCGCCAAUUACCUGAAGGAGAUCUUCGUCUUCGUCGAGGUCGUAAUCGGCGAUCGAGAUGCCAUGGAGCGCGUGGCUUACGAGGAGGCCGUCGACCAAGCGGCACAAGGCGUGAUCUACAGCGAGAUGUUGCUGAGUCCAACUGCACUACUGGCGCACUCGAGCGCCGUACACCGGCCGCAAGGGAUUCCGGAAAGCAUGGUCACUACCAGGGACGUACUGGACGCAGCGCUACGGGGACUGCGCAAGGCGGAACUGGAGACGGGCGCCAAGUUCAGGCUCGUCUUGUCUUGCGCUCGCGGAAGCCCCGAGUGGGCGCCCGAGGUUGUGGAGCUCUGCCGCGAGUACGGCGGCCGAGGCGUGGUCGGCAUCGACGUCUGCGGCGUGGUCCGGCCCGGCGAUGAACAGUCGGUGCGGGUAGGCCCGAACGCUAGCGAGUACGGCGAAGAGGUCACCGAUCCUCGGAUCAUUGAGACUUUCCAGCGUGCCGUUUCUUACGGCGUGCACCGGACCGUGCAUGCGGCUGAGGCGGGGCCUCCAGCCACCGUGCUGCGCGCCGUACGAGAACUUCACGCUGAACGCAUCGGUCACGGCUACCGGGCGGUCGCUGACGGAGGCGACGCCUACCGGCAAGCGUUGGCCGCCGGGAUACACUUCGAGUGCUGCCCGACCAGCAGCUACCUUACUGGCGGCGUGGAUCGCAACGCAGAACACCCCAUACUGAGGCUUAAGCGUGAUGGCGCAAGUUUCUCGCUGAACACCGACAACCCGACCGUCACCCACACGACGUUGGACGACGAGUACCGGCUGGCGCUGAAGCUCGGACUCACGCCCGACGACAUUCUGAGAUGCAAUCGUUCGGCCAUAUCCGCCAGUUUUCUGCCUGACGACGAGAAGUGGGAGCUGGAGCAAAAGUUCAACCGACUCAUCUGUUCGGACUCGGCGAACGCGUAGGACGGCCUUCUCCGCUCGCUCUACACCAUUAAGACAGCAAUAAA